AUGACCUUGCAGUGGGCAUUACUCUGCCUUGCCUUCUCCCCACUGGUGUUGGCAUCUGACUAUGGUUUGCCCAAAUUUAUCUGCAGCCCUAUGCCACUGGACAUGGAGCAUGGCUGCCAGUCAGCCAGUCAGCAGCGACAUGGACCAGGGCCUAGUAAUGGAGCAAAUGGGCACUGGGUAGGGACUCUGGAGGAAGCCAAGGAAACCAUCUUACACCUGCGGGAGACGGUGGUUCACCAAAAGGAGAUGAUCCUAGAUCAGAGGGAAACAGUGCGAGAGUUGACAGCCAAACUCAGCCGUUGCGAAGCCCAUUCCCGGAGGCACAUUGGGGACCACCACGGUGUUCACCAUGAAGAGAACCACAGCCAUGGCCAUCACGAGGGGGGACAUCGAAUCCAUCAUGAAAGUGGGCAUCGAAUCCACCAUGAGGGCCGCCAUGAGGAUGGACAUCAAGGCCACCAUGAAGAUGGACAUCAAGGCCACAAUGACAAUGCUCACAGAUUACACCACGAAGAGGGCCACCGAGAUCUCCAUGAAGGCAUCCAUACCCGGGAGAAUGAGUACCACCAUUUUGGACAACGAGAACACCAUGAUCUCCAGUUAGGGCACAAUACUCAUGAUGUCUUCCGAAAGGGGGCUGCGGCUGCCAACACUAUGGAAGAUCCACCCAAGGAGAUGGCUGCCGGGCUGCACCAGAUGGAGAGGAUGCUAGAAUCCCUCAAGGAGAGACUGGAACACUUGCAGCAUAACCGGAACAGCUCUCUUUUCUCCACAUCCCUGCGCGAUGCUCUUCAGAAAAAGAUAAGCAUCUUGGAACAUCAGAUCCAUGUAAAAUCAAACACUUCUGAUCACCAUGAACAUGGUGCAUCUACAGCAGCAGGACUGAGACAUGCACACGUCUCCCAUGGGUAUGGCGCUGAGAAAGUUCCGUGCCACCUCUCUGAUCCUUUCUGUCCCCCAGGGCACAAAGUGGAGAAACGCUCUGAAGAUUUCCGUGUGAGUUUUCCUCUUCGCACCAAUUACAUGUACGUCAAGGUGAAGCGCACUCUCCAUCAUGAGAUCUUUGCCUUCUCUAUCUGCCUGUGGCUUAAAUCCAGCUCAGCACCAGGGAUGGGCACCCCCUUCUCAUACUCUGUGCCAGGCCAGGCCAAUGAAGUGGUGCUCAUUGAAUGGGGCAAUAAUCCCAUGGAACUGCUCAUCAAUGACAAGGCUGCCGCAUUACCACUGGCCAUCACUGAUGCCAAGUGGCACCACAUCUGUGUGACAUGGUCAACCCGGGAUGGCAUCUGGGAAACUUACCAAGAUGGAGUCCGGAGAGGGAGUGGAGAGAAUCUGGCUCCGUGGCAUCCUGUGAAGCCCGGGGGUGUUUUCGUACUGGGCCAGGAGCAGGACACUCUUGGCGGUCGCUUUGACGCCACUCAAGCUUUCAUUGGGGAGAUCUCAGAUUUCAACAUGUGGGGCCGCAUCUUGACACCAGGCGAGGUUUACAAGAUGGCGACUUGCACUAGCGAGCUUGGCGGUGACCUCAUCAACUGGGCCGAAGCCUCCGUGGAGCUUCAUGGAGGAGUGGUCAAGCUACCUUUCAAUGCCUGCCACUGA